AACUAACCCCAAUCUAAAAAUAUAAAAGAGAAAAUUAAAUGUCCAAAUCAGGCAAAGUGCUAAAAUGAAAAAGGAAAGUGGAAAAAAUUUUCCUACGUUAUCCAAUGAGUUCAACCAGCUUCCAACAACUUUCGACGGCUCAAGCGAUUUUCGAUGAACUAAAGCCUCAGGCAAUUUCCGGUGGCUCAGGUUUGUUUCUUUCUUUUAGGUGCCAUGGCUGUCAAUAAUUUUAAUGACACGUUUGAUCGCAUCAAUGACCAUUGUGAUAGCUUCAUUUCCAACCAUUGAAGAGAUAUGCCAAAUGCUUAGUGCACUAAAUCCCAAUUUUGGGAAAAGAGAUGAAGAGGUGAAACAAAGGAGGAGACUUGAAAAACACCCUUGUGAUGAGAACUUCUCAAAAGAGAAAGUGGGCUACCAUGAUCCAAACCAACGCAAGUGCUCAAGAACUUAAAGGUAAAAUAGCUAACUCUUACAUUUUUGUGCAUGUGAACGAUGAUUGUAUGGCUAGUAGCCCAUUGAGCGUGAGUGGUAGCUUAUCUAUUUGUGAGUCUAUUGUUUCUUUUCCUCUUGAUGAUGAUGUACAUGUUGUAAGUGUGGAUACACUAGUUGAUCCUAUUGAUGACCGAAUUGACUCUUCUUGUAAGAUCAAUUUAUGUCCACCUAGUGUUGAAGCCAAUGUGAUGAAUGAAAGUACAUCGUCGAUUGAUUCUUUACCUAUUGUUGAUGAUGUACAUGUUGUGAGAGUAGAUACACUAGUAGAUCGUAUUGAUGACCGAAUUGAAUCUUCUUGUAAGAUUGAUUUGUGUCCAUCUAGUGUUGAGGCCAUUGUGUUGAAUGAACGUACAUCGUCUUGUGAAACUUGUAUUGAUCAACUCGUGUGUGAAAAUUGCCCACCACUUGAGGUUAUGUGUGUUGUAAUUAAUAGAACUCAAGUGAAUGAAGAAUUUGAUAAUGUUGGUCAACAAAAUGGGAGUGAACCCGAGAGCUAUUAUCGGAACAAUCUUGUGCUUGAAACUGCUUUGAAACUUAAUAGAUCUUUUAGAGGGUGAAGAACUCACGUGUUCUGAAUCUGCCCGUGGAUUAGAUCAUCUCUCUUUAGGAAUAAUAUCCUAUUUGAAGAUGAUAUAAACACUCCUAAUGAGCCUAGUGGUGAAAAUGAUGGUAUAGAUUACUUUGGAUACUAUAGCCUACAUGCUAACCACUAUGGUGUGACAACAUUCCUCCUAAAGAUGAAAAUCUCUUCUUGAAAGAUGAGAGUACUCUUAAGGGUAAGGAAUAUGUAGUCUUGGAAAGGAAUAACCAAUUAGGUGAUGAAUGUGUUGAUUUGCUUGAAUAUUUAAGAAACCCAAUAGGCGGUUUUUCCUUGAAAAAUGAUUGCGAAUAUGAUCCUUGUUAUGAAACCCCACCUUUGUUUGAUAAUUAUAAGGAUGAAUUGCUUGCUUCUUGUAAAGACUAAAGAAAUAAUCUCUUUGAUUUUUAUGGUGGUAUGUGUAUACUUGAGGGAUCUUCCAUAAGAGGAGAAAGUGUCUAUUGCUUGUAAAUUACUUCUUAUUCUACUAUGUGUGACCUUAUUAUUGAGAGUACUAAUGGAGAUGAUGUUGAAACUAGUGGUGAGUACAUACAUGAAGACACCUUAGUAGAAGUUGACUUGAGUGAUACCUUUCUUUACUCUCUACUUGCUUUUGAUGAUAUGUAUGUUAUUGUAGAGAGUAUGUCAUGUAGUUUGGGUGAAACCUAUGGGAAAUGGGAUUGUUUUCUAGACCCGUGUCUAUGGUCAUUCUUCUUGUUUAACCCCGGUGCCAAAUAUAGAAUUGAUGAUAUUGGUGCACCCAACUUGUUGCUUGGUCUACAUGACAAACGAAGCAUCACUUUUGGUGAAUCCCAUAACCAAAUACUUUGUGCAUCUUUCAUUGGACUCUUAAUAUUUGAUUCAAAAGAUCCUUGGUUAUAUUGGAAAUAUGUGCAACCUGGGCAUGUUGAGAUGAUUUGUUGUGCUAAUCCUAACCUUCAUGCCAUGAGGAUUUUGUAUUUGUUUGUCCUCUCUUUGGUUUUGCAAGGUUUGGAUUCGAGGUCAAAUCCUUUUCAAGAAGGGGAGGAUGAUAUAAGUCAAAUGGUCGUCUUAGCUUUGGAUGACUUCUUUGGAGGCCAACACCUAAAGGCCCAAGACUUGGUCACCCCGAAGGCACAGGAAUAUGCAAUGAAGGCCCGUUUUAAGUAAGACAUAAAGCAAUCUCGUGUGUGGAAGGUUGCUUGGAUGCUUGCCUUGAUACUAACCCGAGGACCAUAAGCCUUGAAGAAUGAACCAUCCUCGGUUUUAAGAGUAUGAAAGAGGCGCCAUUCUUCAAGUCCAAACACAUAAGGCGCCAUUUAUGAAGAUGGAAGCUCGUGAUAGUAUGUUGCAUUUAUCUAAGGGAGUGUACUUGCUAAUACGUGAAGAGAGACCUUGAAUAUACUCCAAGGCAGCCUUGGAUGCACUCUAAGGGCGCCUUAACUUAGGGGUAUUAUGGUCUUUUGAUACUCAUCUUUUACACUCCAAAGGAGCACCCUUCAUUAAGGGUAUUUUAAUCUUUUUUUGUAAUAAGUAUAAAUAGACAAUUAGGCUUCUAUUUUUCUUA